GCGUGUGUGGGAGGGGUCCCUCUCGCUUGUGGCUGGACUGGUGUUCUCCAUCCUUCCAACCCCCAUAAAAAGAAGACGCAUGACAUGAGGGGAUAGCCUGCAGAUUCUUUGACAGGCCGCAACGAAGUGCUAGUGUUCAACACACACACGCACAUCUCUCUCGCACACAAAGAGAGAGAAGCCGAUCUGCUGGUAUCAUAUCAUCUAACUGCACAAAAGGAAAAGUUCCAAUGAUGCAUUCCAUCACAUAGAGAGAGCCUCGAGCCAAGAACGCCGCGUGCUUGUGUGUGUGUGUGUGUGUGUGUGUGGGACUGUACGUGGCAGCACGCACGGCCAUGGCAGCCACCAAGAGAUCCUUCCACGGCGGCGCCGUCGGCGGCGGCAUUGCGCGCGCCGUGGCGGAGGACGAGCUGCAGGCCGACCGGCAGGAGGAAGGCGCUGCUAGCUGGAUGAUCUUCGGCUUCCCGGUGCCCGGGCUGCCCACCACCGCCCGGGCGGCCGCCGCCGUCACCCAGCAGUUCUUCCCGGCCGCCGCGCCGGCGCCGCCGCAGGCGGCGGAGCAGUGCCACGUGUCCGCGUCGGCGACCGACCAGUGGGCGCGGUCGGCGUCGCGGAAGAGCCGCCGCGGGCCGCGGUCCCGGAGCUCGCAGUACCGCGGCGUCACCUUCUACCGCCGCACCGGUCGGUGGGAGUCCCACAUCUGGGACUGUGGGAAGCAGGUGUACCUGGGUGGAUUUGACACCGCACAGGCUGCUGCGAGUUUGUUCUCCGGCCCCUGCCUUGAUUCCAGGGCCUAUGACCAAGCGGCAAUCAAGUUCCGCGGCGUGAACGCAGACAUCAACUUCACCCUGAGCGACUACAAGGAUGAGAUAAAGAAGAUGAAGAACUUCAGCAAGGAGGAGUUCGUCCAGGUGCUCCGGCGACAGGGCGCCGGCUUCGUCAGGGGGAGCUCCAGGUUCCGGGGAGUCACCCAGCACAAGUGCGGCAAGUGGGAGGCCAAGAUCGGCCAGCUCAUGGGCAAGAAGUAUGUGUACCUUGGCCUCUAUAACACGGAGAUGGAGGCUGCCCAGGCUUAUGAUAAGGCUGCCAUCAAGUGCUACGGCAAGGAGGCAGUGACCAACUUUGAGGCCCAGACGUACGACGAGGAGCUCCAAGUGCAGCCUUGGGACGGUGAGCUUGACCUCGAGCUCAGCCUCGGCUGCGCCGGCGGCGACCCUUCCACCGUCGCCGUCGAGCCGUGCAGCUCCGCGCCGAGCAGGCAGAGGACAAUGACCCUCACGCUCGACCUGCCGGAGGACGACGAGAAGACGGGCGCCGGUCACCCUCACGGGAGCAUCCGCACCAUGCCUUCCCCGGCUCCGGGCACGUUCCGGCUCCUCCCCCCGGCCGGCGAUCACGCUCACGUCCCCGGCACCGGCGUCAGGGAUGACACGGCGCACAUGCUCCAGAUGGGCCAGGUCGGCAGCAGUGGAGGCGCGGCAGCGGCACACAUGCGCUGGCCCAACGGCGGCAAUAAUUGGGCGCCGCCGUACGCCACCGCCCGGGCCGACGACGACGCCGCCGCCGCCGCCGCCGCUGCAGCAGCAUCAUCAGGAUUCCCACCGGGGCAGCUGGGUCGCAGCCGCCCGCGGCGUCCAGGCCCGGCCGCUGCUGAGCGUGUCCAGCACCAGCAACAGUGGCACUGAGCGCCACUGGAACGGCCACACUGGCGGCCUGAAAGAUUCUAGCGAGAGGCGCAGUAAGCCUCGGCCGCCGGGUCGUUCCCUUUUCCGGAUAGGCAAGGGUGGCAGCGAGGCGAGCAGCCUCAUCCCUGCGCGCGUGGCAGGCGCGGCGGCCCACCGCGGCCGGCCGGCAGGAACAAUUCCGACGCCGGGAUGUAGCUGGAGGGAAGACAUGGGGGUCACUGUGGCUACAAGAACGCUGACGGGUCGUCAGGCUGGAAAGUUUGGAGCAGUUUUGAGCAACGAGAGCUCGAAAUUUUCUGACCUGAAAUAGAUCGGACUUGGGUGACCGCCUACGUUUUUUUUUUUUGCAACUUGGCUUCAGUGAUUCUACUAAUCUAGUACUAUUCUUACAUGCGUGGUGCUGCUCUAGGGAUGUUCAAUGGAUGAAAUGGAAGUGGAACCCUCGGUGUGUCUGUGCCUCUGUGGUCCACGUUCAAAAUUAUUGCUACAAUGCAUUUAGACUUGGGGCCGGAGAAUAAGACCAGUCUCGGUGUAUAGUAUUGCUUUUGUCGCUAAGACUGUGAACUUGAUAACCAGUCUCGGUGUAUAGUAUUGCUUUGUCGCUAA